AAAAUCUUUAAAUGGACUAAUGUGAGCAGUUUCCUGAUCAUCCUCAGGUGCUGACUGUUUUAAAUAAGAUGGAGCAGGACCAAAGUUUGAGAGAGCACGAGAGAGCUUCAACAAAAACUACAAGAGGACGUAAACUUCAAUGACAGAGUAACAGCAACAACCUCAGACACCAAACAGCUUCUCCACUCGAAUUUCUCUCCCACAAGUCUGCACUAAAGUGACAUAAUGGCAGCAUCAUCAUUCGCAUCUGAACUCAGGAUUGUGGUGUUUGGAAAGACACAAGACGAAACAACAACACUAAGUAACUUCAUCACAAAGGAUAAAGUUUUUCCUAAUCCGAAAAUCCCAAAGCAAUGUACAGUCACCUACAGAGAAUGGAUGGGGAAAAAGUUGAAGGUAGUGAAAACUCCAGAUGUCUUAAGUCUGUCAGUGGAUAAAGCACGACACGAGAUGAGAAAGUGCGUUGCUCUUUGCCCCCCUGGACCAAAUGUUCUCCUGCUGUCAGUGAAGCCGUCUGAUUUCAAUGAAAUAGAUAGGCAAAAAUUAAAGUUCAUCUUGAGUUUCUUUGGUGAAGAUGCUUUAAAAUACUUAAUGGUCGUCCAGACACAAACUGGGGAGGUGCAGAAUUCUUCCGUGAACCACAUCAUCCGAGACUGCAGACAAAGGCAACACAGCAUUGACUUUGAUAGAAAAGAUCUUUCCGAACAUGAUUAUCAAGAACUGAUUGAACAGAUGGAGAAGAUAGUGAUGGACAACAAAGGAGGACAUCUUAACUGUACUGAAGGGACUGAUUCCAUGACGGAAGCUGUGACCUCAAAACCUCCUCUGAACUUAGUAUUAUGUGGGAGACACGAAGCCUGGAAGAGUUUAGUAGUUGAUGCCAUCCUGGGUGAAAGAAAGUUUGGUCCACUUGCAAACUCAUUAGAGGGUGUUAAACAUCAGGGAGAGAUUAGUGGAUGUCAAGUUUCCCUGGUGGAGCUGCCUGCUUUGUACGGAAAACCUCAGGACGCAGUGAUGGAGGAAUCAUUCAGGUGUAUGUCCCUCUGUAAUCCUGAGGGCGUCCAUGCCUUCAUCCUGGUCCUACCUGUGGGUCCCCUCACUGAUGAAGACAAGAAAGAGUUAGCGGCCAUGCAGAACACAUUCAGCUCUCAAGUAACCGACUUCAUCAUGAUUCUGUUCACUGUGAAGUCUGAUAUUAAUUCUCCAGUCGUCGUAAGGUGUCUAAGGGAGAAUAUGCAAAUCCAGGAAAUCCGUCGGAGCUGUGGAGAACGAUUUGUUGUCUUCAACGUUAGAGACAAGCAGCAUGUUUUCCAUGUGUUGCACACUGUGGAACAGAUGAGAGCUGGUAAAUCCAGAUGUUUCACAAAGGAAAUGAUGGCCAAGCCCCGGGUGAAGACGAUUGCACACCAACAAUCUGUACCAAAGAUGGCUGGUUAUAAACUUCAGAGCAGAGAGUGUCUCAGGAUGGUGCUGAUUGGGAAGACUGGCAGUGGAAAGAGUGCCACCGGAAACACUAUUCUGGGCAGACCAUGCUUCACAUCCAGAACCAGCCCAAACUCAGUGACCAUGAUCUGCAAGAAAGCAACAGGAGAGAUUGAUGGACGGCCUGUGGUCAUAGUCGACACCCCCGGCUUGUACGACACAACUCUGACCCACAAUCAAGUUAAACAGGAGCUUGUGAAAUGUGUCAGCAUGUUGUCUCCUGGACCUCACGUGUUCUUGUUAGUGCUGCAGAUCGGCCGCUGUACACAGGAGGAGAAAGAUACUGUGGAACUGAUCAAGGAGUUUUUUGGCAAGAACUCAGAAGACUACAUCUUUGUUCUCUUCACCAGAGGAGAUGAUCUUCAAAAUCAAACAUUUGAGAAAUAUAUACAGGAUGACAGGAAAGGCUUUGUUGACAAACUGAUCGAUGACUGUGGAGGAAGAUACCAGGUCUUCAACAACAAAGAUCAGAGUCGCGCUCAAGUCACAGAGCUACUGAGCAAAGUUGAAUCAAUGGUGAAAAAAAAUGGUGGUGGCUGCUACACCUCUGAGAUGUUCCAAGAUGCUGAGGCAGCCAUACAAAAGGAAAUGAGGAGGAUACUGAAGGAAAAGGAAGGAGAGAUACAGAGAGAGAUGAAGGACUUCAAAAGUAAACAUAACAAACGAAUGCAAGCAAAGAAAAAAGAGUUGGCAGAACAAAAAACCAAAUCUCAACGACAGAAGGAACUGAACAUCGAAGUAAUCAAGGAAAUGGGGGAACGCAUUGAGAAGGAAAAGGAAAAGAUGAGGAGAAAGGAAGAAGAAAUAAAAGCAGAGGAAAGGAAGUCAAAAAGACAGGAAGAAAUUGAACAGAUGCAGCGGGAACAAAAUCGACUUGAAAUGCUUCAACACGAAUACGAACAACAAAGAAAAGACUACGAAAUCAAAAGAAGAGAAGGUGCAAUCAGAAAAGAACAAGAGGAGGAAGAACUAAAUGAACUACAAGAAACUCUUGAGAAAAACCUGGCAGUAAUUAAGAAAAAACACGAAGAAGAGGCCCGAAAGCAAGCUGAAGAAUUCAAUGACUUCAGACAAAGAUAUGACGAUGACUAUGCAGCUCUGGCGGAAAAGCAUGACAAGGAAUUGGAGUUUCUGAAGGAGAAGCACCUCAAACACAAUGACUUGAUAGUCCAGCAGCUGAGCAAACACAAACCAUAUCGGAAAGACUUCAAGAGACUGAAGAAAAGACAAGAAGAUGAAAUGAAUGAACUUAUCGGCACAAUUCGUUCCCCAAAUGACGAAGAUCUGACCAAAGAAAUCAUUGAACUGAAGGCAGUACACGAGGAAGAACUAAAUAACUGGAUACAAGAACAUGUAAAGAAAGCCAGAGAGAAGACCUGCACCAUUUUGUAG